UAAUAAUAAUAUCCUAGUUUCCCCUGAUUAGCAUGCCUGCUUCAUCUAGCAAUCACUAAUGAGGUGAACAGCCCUUCAGCAAAUCUCAUUGUGUGAAUAUAAUACAGGGUGAAAACAGUGUUAAGAAAUGCCCAAUCCACAUUUUGGCUGAAAAAUCCUAUACCCACUCGUUGGGAAGUAAGCCUCAUUGAGUUAAAUUACUUUCAAGUAGACUGUAGGAUUGUAUUGUAAACUGUCUUUACAAUGUAGCAUCCCCAUUUCCAUCUUUUCUUAACUAUACCGUACUCUGUAUUUGGGAAGGGGGGGUUCCAUUCCUUCUAGGGUUGCCAUAUGUCCUCUUUUUCCAGGACAUGUCCUCUUUUUCAUGGUUUCAGAUAAAAAGAAUGGCCUACUCGGUUUCAACACAAAAUUUUGUAGCCAUUUCAGAUGUGCAUCCAAAUCUUGCUCGUCCUAGUAUAAUUGGCAUGGUGAUUGGGAAAACAGAUGCCAAAGGCUUUCCAGACAGAAAAAAUAUUGGAUCAGAAAGGUACACUUUUGGCUUCACUAUCCGCGAUUCGCCAUCUUACUUCAUAAAUGUACAUUCUUGGGGAAGAGAGGACUAUAUUAAAUCACUUUCAGAAAGCUUUAGAGUUGGUGACUGUGUCAUAAUUGAAAAUCCUUUAGUUCAGACAAAAGAGGUUGAAAAGGAAGAAAAAUUCAACGCUACAACUCCUAGCUGCUACAAACUGCUCCUCAGUGAGAAUCAUUCUGUGGUUAAAAUCUGUCCCCACUAUGAAGUUGACACCAAACUACUGUCACUGUUGAAUCUACCUGUGAAGGACCCUCAAGACUUUUACUCUCUGGCGGACAUUGCAGCCAAUGGACAGAGCCUGGAAGGAAGAAUCAUUAAUAUUCUUGCAGCUGUCAAGUCAGUUGGAGAACCAAAGUACUUCACCACUUCGGACAGACGAAAGGGUCACAGAUGUGAAGUAAGGCUGUAUGAUGAAACCGAGUCUUCCUUUGCAAUGAUAUGCUGGGACAAUGAAUCUAUCCAGCUUGCACAGAGCUGGAUGCCACGAGAAACAGUAAUAUUUGCAUCAGAUGUAAGAAUAAAUUUUGACAAAUUUAGAAAUUGCAUGGUUGCAACUGUACUCUCAAAAUCCAUCAUUACUACUAAUCCCGAUACACCAGAAGCAAUUGUUCUACACAACUUUAUAAGAGAAAGUGCAGAAAUGUUAGAUUUGGAUGAUGAAAUGGGCGAUCAUUUCAGAGAUUCCAUAAAUGUACAGGCAAUAGUUGACGUUUAUACAGUGGAGCAAUUAAAGAUUAAAGCUUUGCAAAAUGAAGCAAAAUCAGAACCUUUCUGUGGCAUUAUUUUUGCCUACAUUUCUACGCUGAAUAUUGAUAAUGAGACAACUAAAAUAAUACGAAACAGAUGUAGCAAGUGCCACUAUGUGGUCAAUGAAAGAACAAACUCAUGCUCCUUCUGUAGCAGCUUUGUCUCCUCCUCAGAUGCCACACUACUCUUUGCCAGCUUUGAUGUACUAGUUGAUUUGACAGACCACACAGGCACUCUCCAUUCUUGCAAUCUCUCAGACACAGUGGCUGAAGAAACUUUAGGCUGCACGGUCCAGGAGUUCCAGACUCUGACAGAGGCUCAAAAAACAGCCCUAAAAUGGCACCUUCUUCUAGAACGAAGCAAAAUUUAUUUUAAAGUUAUUCUUUCGACCAGUUCACGAACCGGACUGAGAGUUAGUUUGCUUUCUUGCAAACUAGCAGAUCCUGUGGAGGCCAGUCAAAACCUGCCUGGAAAAGACCUACCUUGCCCAGCUUCAGAACAGCUCAAAGGAGUCUAAGUUGUUGUAAUAUGGUGAAUUUACAUCUUGGGGGG